AUGAAGGUCCAAGUUCUGGUAGCGCUAUUGCACGUUAGUAUUUCGUUUGCCUCAAAGAAAAUUACAACAUCGACGACGUCCAAUGCCCCAACGAAUGCCGGCAAAAAUUUAACGCCUUCUAGUACGAAACCUAGAACAGAAGAGCCAUCAGGCAAGUCGAUAAACAAUGCUACUGACUCAACGACUCAGCCAAACACAUCGAAACCUACAUCAGCUAUUUCAUCAACUUCGCAAUCGACGAAAACAAAACAAUCUCCAUCGACAAGUACGAGCGAAACGAAUAAAACAUCUGCAAAACCUGCAAUGCCGUGUGAAAAUAGAAAUCAGUCCUGUUCAAUGUGCAUUAAAGGCGAUGAUUGUGUCUACUGCAGCUCGGAUAAGUCAUGUUAUAAGAAACAAAAGCUUAUUCCCACUGGAUGUAAAAGCAAUAAAUGGUAUUGGGGUCAAUGUACAAUCCCUGGUAACGUUUUGAUAAUUGUUUUCCCUGUUGUUGGUGGAGUGUUGAUCAUCAUGCUUUCCUGUUGUGUUUAUUGUUGCUGUUGUAAACGUUGCUCUCGCAAGAAAGUUACACGCGAGGAGAGUAAGAGCAAACAGCGACGAUUGGAUCGUGAAAAUAGGAGUGCUCAAAGAAAAAUGAACAGAAGUGAACGUCAUAAUGCUAUACGCAUGAAGUAUGGUCUUCUACAAAAUGUUAACGAUGACGAAGACACCAUUGCUUAACAGUUCUAAGUAAAUUAGGAUUUACCAAUUAAAAACUGAAAGAUGAAUAGUUUAUAUUGAAUUAACGCUUGAUAAUAUGAUAAUGUUGUGUUUUUGUUUUAAAAGCUUCAGCGCAGAUAAUUAUGCGCGAGUUUAACAACAUCCUCUGUAGCUUUCAAAGACCCUCUUGUCAUAAAGGCUUUUUGUAAUUGACUAAAUUAUGCAUCGUUUCUGUGAUUA